AUGGACGAAAGUUUUCCUUUUCUGUAUGCAUAUGAAACUAUUAUUGACGACGAAGGAGGGGACAGAUCGGAGGAGAGCUGCUUCCUACACACGGAGGAGAGUCUGAUGAGACAGAUCCAUCGAAACAAGUGUUAUUAUUUCUAUGGUUAUAUUGCAAAUCAGCAGUCUAUGAGGGAAAUCAGCCACGUGUUCGACGUAUCAAUGUCAACGGUACAUGCCACAUUGAAAAGAGUCAAUAAUGCUAUCAACAAAAAAUUAUGGAAUGUUAUACAGUGGCCAGAUUUUAAUGAACAAAAUGAAAUUGCUAGAGAAUUUCAACUUCGUUGUGGACUCCCAGAUAUAGUUGGUGUAUUAGAUGGUACACACAUCCGCCUUGCUUCUUGCAUCAACGGUGAUACUGACUAUAUGAAUAGGAAACAUUUUCCGUCCAUCCAGCUUCAGAUAGUGGUAGACCAUGACAUGUUAAUCAGAGACAUUUACACUGGAUGGCCUGGGUCAACCCAUGAUGCAAGGGUAUUCCGAAAUUCAAAUUUAUUUACCAAUGCCACCACAGGAAAUUGCAUUGAUGUCAAUAAAUACAUAAUUGCUGACAGUGCUUAUCCGUUAAAACAAUGGCUCAUAACCCCCUUCAAAGACAAUGGCAGAUUAAAUGCUCAGCAGCGAAGGUUUAACAGGGUAUUAUCAUCAGCAAGGCAAGUCGUUGAACGCAGCAUUGGCCAUCUUAAAAAACGUUUUAGGCGUUUGACAGAGGUCACUAUUCAUCAUCCAGAAGAAAUUGUAAAAACUAUUGUUUCUGGGUGCAUUCUACACAACCUAUGUAUCAUUCAUGAAGACAGUGUGGAAGGCUUUGUGGAAAUAAACAAUGAUGGUCAUCCAAAUCACUUUCCCAACUUAUACAAUGAUGGACAAGAUGGAAUACACAGACGGCAACAGCUUAUGCAGAUGUUGCCAUGA